CAGACGCACAAUAAUGUAACGAUGUUUAAGAAAUACCUUCCGUCUCCAAGCAUAAAGUAAGAUAUUUUUAUCAUUCUUAUUAUUAAAACUAUAUUUACCAACGCUAGCCCCUUCGGCUGGAUGGUAUGGUAUGGUAAACUUUAUUUUAAGACGCUAGCCUCGUCAACAGUUUGUUGGUUUCCACGAGGGCGUCAAACCGUGGGGAAUACAUCGAACCGUCACACGUGGGGAAUAUAUGCACUCUUGCACAAAAUUAUUCAACAUGUUGAAUAUACGGUGAACAUGGCACGCGUGAACAAAAGCUCUUGAAAACGUCGCGGCACACUGGGGGAACUUGCUUACGCCAAUGGUCACGAGUGAAUUUUUGCUCAGCAGAUAGCUCUCGUGUGUGCCAGACUUAAAACGACUCUUGCUGCUUUAUUCUGGAGUGCUUGUGGUCUGUUUGCAAGCGUGGCACCGAUUGGCUCCCAUACAAGGCAGCAGUAGUCAAGAUAUGGUACCGUUGAACCAAAGCGUAAUACUUCAGAGAAUUCAUAAUUACUUGUUAUUUAUUAUCUUUUAAUUCUGAUUUUCAGGGAAGUCCUUUUAAUUGGUGGGGAAAGUGUGAGAGACCAAAUUGGAAAAUUACGAGAGGGGGUAAGUGUGCGUACAAACAGACAAAGAAAUGUUAUUUGUAACAACUAUUAAUUUCUUCCUUUGAAUAGUUUUUCAUUUAAUCCUAUGUUUAGGUUGAUGUAGUUACUGGAACGCCGGGAAAAUUUGAUGAUUUUGUUUCCACGGAGAAAAUGAGUCUUGACCAGGUGUGUUGGGAGUCUUGAUUUUUGAUGGUGUUUGGUCAGCCGUUAAACUAUAUGCUUAUUUUCUAUUGUUUUUGAUUGUUUGUUUCUAGGUCAGAUUCUUCAUUUUGGAUGAAGCUGUAAGUAAAGAUACAUAAGCGAUCUAGUAAUCUAGGGAGAAGUACC